UUGAACGCAAGAGUAGCGGCUCAGCGGAAAGCUUUGGAGUUCCUGUUUCUGAAUCAUCGCAUAUUCCAUUGCCAUCGGAGACACUAGAUACAUAUGCUCUUGAAAGAUGGGAUGAAUCCGCUCGGCCUUCUGAAGUCACGGCAAACGAAAGAUCACCUCUAGAGGAUUUCAGUUCCUGCUCCAAUCUCCUCAUAGAGAGGACAGAUAUGGACAUGGUGGAUAUUCUCCGGUUCUUUUUCACAUUAUCUAUGACUCAGCUGGGACAA